GGCAUUCACGGCGGAUGACGUAGAGGCGCUUAGUAUCUUUGCUGCGACGGUCUGCUGCCACUAACAAGGUUGCUAUCGAUCUUAGCUAGCUUCGUAGUAAAGAUGUCUGAUAUGGAAGAUGACUUCAUGUGCGAUGACGAAGAGGAUUAUGAUCUGGUAAACUCCUCAGAAGAAUACUCAGAGGACAGCAACUCUGAGCCCAAUGUUGAUUUAGAGAAUCAAUACUACAAUUCAAAGGCUCUGAAGGAGGAUGACCCCAAAGCAGCUCUCAUCAGCUUCCAGAAGGUCUUAGAGCUGGAGGGUGAGAAAGGAGAAUGGGGUUUCAAGGCCUUAAAACAGAUGAUUAAGAUUAACUUCAAACUGACAAAUUUCCCUGAAAUGAUGAACAGGUACAAGCAGCUGUUGACAUACAUCCGGAGUGCAGUUACAAGAAACUAUUCUGAAAAAUCCAUCAAUUCCAUCCUUGAUUAUAUCUCAACGUCAAAGCAGAUGGACUUGCUGCAAGAGUUUUAUGAAACAACGUUGGAUGCAUUAAAGGAUGCCAAAAACGACAGGCUUUGGUUUAAAACCAACACUAAACUUGGGAAGUUGUACCUGGAGAGAGAAGAAUAUGGUAAGCUUCAGAAGAUCCUGAGGCAGCUGCACCAGUCCUGUCAGGUGAAGAAACACUCCUCAUCAAUGCAAUCAGAGGUUUUCACAGAGACGGAUGACGGUGAGGAUGAUCUGAAGAAAGGCACCCAGCUCUUGGAGAUCUAUGCUCUGGAGAUCCAGAUGUAUACUGCCCAGAAGAACAACAAGAAGCUGAAGGCGCUGUAUGAACAGUCUCUACACAUCAAGUCUGCCAUCCCUCACCCUCUCAUCAUGGGAGUCAUCAGAGAGUGUGGAGGUAAAAUGCAUUUGAGAGAAGGGGAGUUUGAGAAGGCUCACACAGACUUCUUCGAGGCGUUUAAGAACUACGAUGAAUCGGGGAGUCCUCGACGGACCACCUGUCUGAAAUACCUGGUGUUGGCCAACAUGCUGAUGAAGUCUGGAAUCAACCCCUUUGACUCACAGGAGGCUAAACCUUAUAAAAAUGAUCCAGACAUUCUUGCAAUGACUAACUUGGUCAGUUCCUACCAGAACAAUGACAUCACAGAGUUUGAGAAGAUCCUGAAGACCAAUCACAGUAACAUAAUGGAUGAUCCAUUCAUAAGAGAACACAUAGAAGAGUUAUUACGAAAUAUAAGGACGCAAGUGCUUAUCAAAUUAAUCAAGCCUUACACGAGAAUACACAUACCUUUUAUUUCCAAGGAGUUAAACAUCUAUGUCUGUGACGUGGAAAGCCUCCUAGUUCAAUGCAUUCUAGACGGCACGAUCAACGGCCGCAUCGACCAGGUCAACCAACUGUUGGAGUUGGAUCACCAGAAGAGGAACGGAGCCCGAUACAUGGCUUUAGAUAAAUGGACGAAUCAGCUCAAUACUCUCAACCAGGCCAUCGUCAGCAAACUGGCCUAAUCAGUAGUGUAACUGAAAAAGCUACUAAUUCGAUGUUGAGGAGCAGAGGAGGAGGAGGAGGAGGGCGGGGGUGUAUAUCAACAUGAGUAGUGAGUUAACCCAAUUCGCCUCAUUUACAGUAGCAGUAAGCUUCCUUUUCAAGAUGACAGUAAUAGACUGAUGAUCUCCACAGCUUCCAAUAUCUAACUUACAGUCACUGCCUGUGAUGUAACAGAUUAUUUAAAGGUAGAAGUCAGAGGUGCCAGUUGCCCAGCUUGUGUUUCUUGGCCUGGGUCCACUCUACUGGUCACAGAUUCAUAGUCCUGAACUAAGGAGCAAGCUCAAU